GGAAACUCCUCUGUGGAGAGCUGGUCUAUUUGGCUUAGUGAGUGAAUCUAGAACAGACCUACAGCUGAUGUCUCCACUGAGUUAAGACUCCUGUACAUCUCCUGAAAUUUCUUCAUGUUCUUCAGCAGUCAAUUCAACCCUGAUGUUUUCAGGUUGGAAUUGUUGGACAACUCUCCAUCUGCUGCCCUGUUGCUGGGUUUCCCAGCAACAUGCACCUAUCUCUAGAGGUGUUUUUCACAUCAGCUCAUUUUCAUACAUAUGGCUGAUUACGUAAUUUACUGUUUCUUUCCAGGCUUGGAUCUGUGAUCAAGAGGAACCUAGGACAUCAGAACAGGUCGGAGCAGGAAGCAGUUGCAAUGGCUUCAAGAGUCCUGGGAAACAUAAAGGAGGAGGUGACCUGCCCCAUCUGCCUGGAGCUCCUGAAAGAACCCAUGAGCCUGGACUGUGGGCACAGCUUCUGUCAAGCCUGCAUCACUGCCAACAACAAGGAGUUGGGCCAGGAAGGAGAGAGUCACUGCCCAGUGUGCAGGCUAAGUUACCAGCCUGGGAACCUGCGGCCUAGUCGGCAUUUGGCCAACAUAGUGGAGACGCUUAGGAACGUCAAGUUGAGCCCAGAGGAGGAACAAAAUAGAGAUCUCUGUGUGCGCCAUGGAGAGAGACUCCUGCUGUUCUGUAAGGAGGAUGAAAAGAUCAUUUGCUGGCUUUGUGAGCGGUCUCAAGAGCACCGUGGUCACCACACAUUCCUCAUGGAGGAGGUUGCUCAGGAGUACAAGGAGAAGCUCCAGGAAGAUCUGAAAAGGCUGAUGUCAAAGGAGCAAAUAGCUGAGAAGUGGAGAGAGGACAUCAGAGAAGAGAGAACUUCUUGGAAGGAUCAAAUAGAAAAUGAGAACCAGUGUGUCCAGGAUUGUUUUAAAAGACUGAGAGAGAUCCUGGACAAUGAGGAGCAGAAGGAGCUGCAAAGGUUGAAGAAGGAAGAUGGAGAUGUUCUCAACGACCUGGCUCAGGAUGAGAGUAAACUGGUCAAGCAGAGCCAAUUGUUGAAAGUACUCAUCUUGGAUCUGGAGCAUCGGUUGCAGGGGUCAACACUAGAGAUGCUGCAGGAUGUGAAUAGCAUCAUGAAAAGGAGUAAGACCUUCAUUCUGAGGAGGCCAAAAACUCUCGUCAAGAAACAAAGGAGUGUGUUCAAAGGACCAGAUCUGACAGAGGUGCUGCAAAAGUUUACUGGGCUGACGUGGAUGCGACACUAUUGGGUUCACGUGACCCUGAAUCCUCCCAAGAAAAAAUCAAAUGUUGACAUUUCUGCAGAUGGGAAAGAAGUGAGAUGUGUGUUACGUCAGAAUACAAAUUGUACUUCUGAGAAAUGUGAAAAUGAGGAUUAUGGUAUACUCGGCUCGCUGGUGAUCACCUCAUGGAAAUAUUACUGGGAGGUGGAUGUGUCCGAGAAACGUGCCUGGGCCUUGGGAGUAUGUGUUGAAAAAUGCCCUGACUUUAGGCCGGGUUUUGUAAGACAGAGUAACAACUGUCAACAUAUUUACUCCAGAUGCCAACCUAAAUGUGGCUACUGGGUUAUAGGGUUAGAGAAUCAAUGUGAAUAUAAUGCUUUUGAGGAUGGUUUUAAUUUUAACCCAUCAAAGGUACCCCUCAAACUGACUGUUCCUCUCCAUCGUGUUGGGAUUUUCCUAGACUACAAUGCUGGCACUGUUUCAUUUUUGAAUGUCACAAACCAUGGUUUUCUCAUUUAUAAAUUCUCUUCAUGUUCCUUUUCUCAGAAAGUGUUUCCAUAUUUCAAUCCUAUGACAUGUACUGGCACCCUGAAACUAUGUUCCUCAAGGCCUAGUUUUCCUUUGGCGCAUCCAGCAAAGUGAGUUUAUCUGCACCAUUCUCACCAUCUCUUCUUUGCUGCCUUUCUUUUUCUUCUUUCUAAAUUCAAGCACCCUUCAUUCAUCAAUAGGGUGCACAAUUUGCCUUAUGUCAUAUUUCCCCCAAUAUCUUGUUUGCAUUAACAGAGAAUCCUAAUUCAUCCUUUUUUUAUAAUCCCAAGAAAAAUGACCAAUGCCUCAUAAAAAAUAAAAGGCUAGUAUUGAGGUGACAUCACCAAUUUUUACAAUGUCAUUUUCUCUGCAACUGAGAACAAGGAAAGCUUCUCAACAACGUUUGUAUGGUAUUGAAGACCUUAUAAAGGAGUCAUUCACUACAGAAUGAGUUCUCAGGGGUGUGUGAGUUUAUCCAUGAUAUUUCUUAUUCAUUAAGAAGUGAAAGAGACAAUAUCAGCCGUGGCCGGUUUGGCUCAGCAGUAGAAUGUGGCUCGUGGACCAGUGGGUCUCAGGUUCAAUUCUGGCC